AUGAGGCCUAGUCGAACAGGAGCUCGUUCCAAGCUAUGCGGCGGGAGGCGGCUCCGUCAGUCAGCUGUCUGUCUAGGUACCACACUCACACGCGAGAACGAUAGACUAAGAAAUGCGGACUAUCGUCUACCUGACGGUCUGACAGCGACUGUGCCUGUGCCUGUGCCUGUGCCUGCCUAUCCCCGGGGCGUGUCCGAGGUCCGCAAACAAUGA